UCAUUUUUGUCAGAAGGGGUUACUAUUACGCCAAUGCUACCCAUUGCACCAGCAAGCCUUGUUACAUGUAUUGGUAUUAGCGUCCUCUUCCUCUCCAGAACUCCUUCAUCAUUAUCCGAAGCCGCUCCGUCGGUAUUAGCUUUCUUCUCCUUUCACCAACCGCUUUUUGUGACGGUCUUGUAUCCGCAUCUCCUUCUCGGUCUCUUCAUACAAAAACAACGGCAAGGAUGAGUGAUGAUGAGUUUGGAGACCCUGGGUGGAUGGAUGGUGUCGAUUUGGACGCCAUUGCGGCAGCUGCUGAAGGCAAGGGGACAUCCGACGGCAACGGCAAGAAGAAAGCUAUUGAAGCUUCUACCAGUACCAGUACCGGUACCGCAGCAACCAAUAAACGCCGCAAGGUGUCCAUUUCGCCCACUAAUCGAAAGAUGAGCACUGACAACAGCCAAGAAGCAUUGGAGAAGACUCUUCUUAAGUUCUUUGGUUAUUCCAAGUUCCGAAAGGGACAGCUGCAAGUCAUCCAGCAAGUACUACAGCAAGAUGCCAAUAGCAAUGACACUGCUGUAUUUUGGGCUACAGGUAGUGGGAAAUCACUCUGCUAUCAAAUUCCAGCCUUGCAUACACAACGAAUCACACUCGUGUUGAGUCCAUUGGUUAGUUUGAUGAACGAUCAAGUUCAUAGUCUGAAUGGACUCAUGACUGGUAACAAUGGCAACACCGAGAUUGCCACCUUUUUGGGAUCCGGCCAAACAGACAAGUCAAAAGAGCAUGCUGCCAUCCAAGAAGGCAAGUUUCCAAUCAUUUAUCUGACGCCAGAAAAGUUGCUUUCGGCAGGUUUUCUACAGCAACUAGAACGAUUGCACACAACCACAAGGGAAAUUGGUUUGAUUGCCAUUGAUGAAAGUCACUGCGUGAGUGAUUGGGGUCAUGACUUCAGGCCAGAGUACUCCAAAAUUGGUCAGGUACUGCGCAAUAAUACGUUGACAGGCCUGCAGCAUCUGAAACAGAUUCCCAUCAUGGCCUUGACUGCCACGGCAGUGCCUCGCGUCCAACAAGAUAUCUGUCAAUCACUAUUGCUCAAGAAUCCAUACACCGCACGGCAAUCUUCUGAUCGAAACAACCUCAUCAUCUCGGUGCACAAAAAAGACCGCGGAAUGGCAUUGUCAGCCGCCAUGGAACCGCUCAUUCAAACUCUCGUGAACAGCAAAAGCCAUCAGCAUCAGCAAAGUACCAUCAUUUAUGCUCCCACGCGCAACCUGGUCGAGGAGAUCACUUCCUUUUUGCGACAGCGACUCGCGGCACAAGAAAACAUUCAAGUCGAGGGGUACCACGCUGGAAUGCCCAAUGCCCAGCGGAGCGCUGCUCACACUAACUUUUUGACUGGAAAGACUACUGUCAUCUGUGGGACUUCGGCGUUCGGUCUCGGAAUCAAUAAAAUUGACACCAGGCGUGUGAUCCACUAUGGACCACCAAAGACAGUGGAAGAAUACUAUCAGCAAAUUGGCCGUGCGGGGCGUGAUGGCAUUCAAGCAGAGUGUACCAUGUACGUCUCCGAAGCGGAGUUCAAUUCUUACAAAAGUGACUUUUACAUUGGCAAACUCUCUGGCAAUGCCAAGCAGGCUGUUUUGGAGAGCAUUGAUGCUCUGAAAGAGUUUUCGUUAGACACGACAACCUGUCGCCGCAAGAGCCUAUUGACUUUCUUCAAGGAACGGCCAUCCUUUGGGGAACGGUGUGGCACAUGCGACAAUUGUCAAAAACACAAGACCAUGGACAGCAGAGACCUGGAACGAGACUUUCCUAUGGCGCGGGUUGUCUUGACUGCCAUCCAAGCUUUGGAUGGACCCAGUGUGUCCACAAUUCAAAGCGCCAUUUCCGGGAAGAAGCUGGAGAGCUAUCGAUACAAGCCAGGAGUUGUGGAAUACAAGGUCAAGGAGGCCAUCCAGAAGCUGAAGGAUGAGGCGGGCCAGAAGAUUUCGUUGGAUGGCUACCGAGAGUUCAUUGUCCCUUUGCAACAGCGUGGGUUUCUUCGCGAAUCUUCAAAAUCCAGUACCGUUAGUGGAUACCAGAGAACAUGGACAACAUACAGCAUCACCGAGAAAGGAGUGAGAGUACUGCGGGAUCAGUCAUUGCCAAUUGUGCUUCCCGUGCCUGCCUGGGUUCUGGAGGCUGAGCGAAUUGAAAAAGAAAGACGACAACGUGUUCUCAAACAGCUGGAAGACAGUGGAGUGGAGAUUGAUAAGCUCCCACAGGAGGAAUGUGAAGCAGGCGAUGGCGAUGUCAUUCGAGCUUACAGCAAAUGGCACUCUUACCUGAAGAGCAUGAAGGACAGAAACAACGAAGAUCGUGUGGCGCAGCUCGAGUUGCUGCUUGCGUCUGUUGAACAAUGGCGGGCUGCAGUUGCCAUCAAACAUCGAAUGGCUCCUGGAGCCGUGCUGGCGGAGCAUACGAUGCUGACAGUGACAUACACUACAGCUACACUUCCUCCAGCCAUGACUUUGAAAGAGGACGAUUUGAUUGCUGCUGGUGUCCGAACUCGCGAGAUUGCUUCGUUGUGCAAGGCGUUGACGGAAUGGCGUGACACACAUCGAUCUGCAAAGGAAGACGCCGGGCAAGCGAUGAAGAGCGCUUCGAAGACCAUGGAUCUCACACCUGGGCAAUCAGUCAAAGGGACAAGGCAGUGGGAAUAUGCAGUCUACAAAGUCAUCAAAAAGACUGGCCUAGCGAGCUGGGAAUCGAGCUACCUCCGGUUUCAGAAAGGUGAGAGUCCAACCACCAUCGCCAUGUCCCCAGCGAACGGCAAGCCCAUCCAGGUGAAGACGGUUUGUGGCCACGUGAUGACUGCUCUGCUUCAUGGUAGAGAAGUUGACUUGCAUCGAUUGGCGACCUGUUUGCCUCCACCAACUGCGCAAGAGUGGGAACGACUGCAGGAAGCUGAAAUAGAGGUCCGAGCUGACGUCUGCGGAAACCCUUUGAACAGUGGAGCCGGUGGCGUCAAGUUGACAAAGACAGAGCUCUUGCGCCCCAUUAUGGGCUCCGCAUUUGUUGAUACGCCGUACAACGAGAGAGGCGAAGAGGAAAAGGCCAACUUUUCAAUGUGGUGCGACCUUUUGGAAUGGUACAUGUCGUUUAAGCGGGUUGGGAUUGAGCCCUCCUUCAAGGACGAGUAGACAGACAUGUUGUCCAAGGCAAUGGCAUUAUUGAGAGUACUAGUAUUUGAUGGUGUACUAGUAUUAGCUCGACACAAAACACAUUAAACUAUAUGUUCAUACAGU